CCCAGUACUUCCAGGAGAAGCAGCGCGAGCCACUAUCAGGAACUUUGCGUGCGACCUAUGGCAAACAACUAGCAGGUAUGUUGUAGAAAGAGUCUUAUGUCUCCUACUUUUACUGUAUUCUGUCUCUCGAGCUUCAUCCAGCUGCCUCAAACAUCUGGCUGUGAGCGCUACAGGACCGAGCUCAUCAUUUCGGGGUUUUGUUUUAUCGCUCCAGCCUUCCUCUCUGCCCUUAUCUCUUUUGGGUCUUAUCAAACGGUUAUCUCUUUUGCUGUGAAGACAUAUUGCGUUUUGUUUCCUAUCUCUUAUGUGUGUGUGUGUGUUUACUUGUGUGUGUGGGAGGACAGAGAUUUGACAUGGAUGGACCCAGCGCCUCUUAAAAGCGCUUGUUGGGAGUAUGGCAGCCACAGUACAGUGAAUGUUUGACCGGAGUCAUAGAUGAGAAAGAGUCUGAGGACAAUCCGAGCUAAACAUAUUCUGAUUAACAGCUUUCGGGGCCUUUAUUGUGAAAAUGUAGGAUGUAUUUUUAAAGAGAAAACAGACCGAGCAUGAGGAGUUGAUCUACAUUUUCCACGUCUUUAUCCAGAUGUUUUUGGGGACCCAUGCGUAAAUAUUAUCAUGCGCAAAACGUAUCCUGUUAUCCUAACGGUUCAACCCUUAUUUCAUCACAGGGUAGACUACUCCCUGACCAUCUUUUAUUAACCCCUACGGUGUAUGGAAAGUGCUCCUGGAUGGACCUGGGCGAAAAUAGCUGGUCCAUGGUCAAGCGAGAAGUUUCCAGCAGCCCAGGCUCGCCGGCUGAGCAGACCUACCUGACGGGUGACAGCAGGAGGGACGGCCCUGCCUCGGACGAGCUGAGGACUCCUCCGAGUGACCUAGACGUCCUGGGGCACCGCCGCUCGGACGGCAGAUCUCUACACUCCUACGUUCACUUUGGACACCACAACAGCAGCCUGAGCGCUGCCGAGGACAUCCCUCUGUUCACGGAUUUAGACCAGGGCAGUAAACUGGUCCUCUCUGGCGGAGCGCACAAGGCGAGCCUGCUGGUGGACCCGAGCGACAUGUACCAAACACUGGCCAUCGCUGCGGCCCAAAGCCAGACGGGAUAUGAUUCCUCCUCUGGUGGUUAUAUGCACUCCAACCCGAACUCCCCUGUGUACGUGCCCAGUUCCCGCGUGGGCCCCAUGAUACCCAGCCUCUCCUACCUGCAGGCCAGCGGCUCCGCGCAGCCCAGUCACGCCGUCUCCAGCCACUCGGUGUGGUCCCAGUCCACCCCGGAGAGUCCCUCUUACAGCACGGGGAGUCCACACGCUUCCAGUAGGUUCCACUAUCCUCCGAGUCCGCCCAUGAACAACGGGACACCCCGGGACAGCAGCUACAGUAACACGCUGAACGUGAGCAGCAGAGACCAGUACGGCCUCUCUCGGCCCCUCAGCGGGACUUACGCCAGCCCCUACUCUCCUUAUGUUGCGCCGCAGCUCUCACAGCUGGCCUCGCCCUGGAACGGGGCACCUUUUGAUAACACCAUGCUGCACACCUUGCAGAGCAGAGGAGCUCCACUGAUCCGGGGACCAAAUGGAGGUAAGAAAGAAGAAGAAGAAAAAAAAAAGGCAAAGUUGUGGACAGAAGUUUUGUAGAGUUUUUGUCAGAGAUUUUACUGAGUCUUGAAGGAAGGCAGCAGAACUCCCAGCAGAUUUUUGCAACAGAACCUAGUGAAGGCUUAACCUUUACAAGGCAAAAGAAAAAGAAAAAAAAAAAAAAGGUAUUUGCUAAAAGGUAUUUUUUUUAAAACAAAGUAGUGCCAAAAUAUUCUUCUCUGGUUUAAAUUGGGCUGGAUUUGGUUUCCAAAAGUGUUUUUGAGUGUAAGGCCUUCUCCUGCGCACACACACAACACAGAGCCAAACAUAGGAAACCAUCAAAUUGUCACACAUUUUUAUUUAUAAAUUAUCAUCUUAUCAGGUCUAAAACCAGACAUUUCAAUGUAGUCAUAAAAAUCAUAAUCUAACAUUUCUUCAUUUCUUUACUUAAUUAAAAAUGUUGGAGUAAGGUUAAGUUUCCUCAACGUAUUUCCUUCUUGAACAUUACAAAUUUCAGUCAUAUUUCCAGUCUGAAUCCUGUGCUUUUCUCUAAUUAUUGCUUUUAAUGUCAGUUUCAGAUAUGCUCGACGACAUGGGGGAGAGCAGAGAGUGCGUAAACUGCGGCUCCAUCUCCACACCGCUGUGGAGGCGCGACGGCACGGGCCACUUUCUCUGCAACGCCUGCGGCCUUUACAGCAAAAUGAAUGGGCUGAGCCGGCCAUUAAUUAAACCUCAGAAGCGGACGGUAAGCAGCAGUCAGGGGAGCACUUAACCGCUCAAUUUCCUGCCUAAUUGUCUCUAACAAUAGCUGGAGGUUAUCACCGGUGAUACUCAUAGUGUCCAAUGCAUGGGGAGAAACAUAAGUGCAACAAUUCAGAUUAUAAAUGAUGGAACAAUUUCUGACUCAUCAUAUCUGGGCGAUUAAUUUGGGUUCUAUUUGAGAAAUCCACGCGUAAUCUUUUGGCUUUUAAGUCAAGAUUUGGAACCACCCACCAUUUUAACACAUGAACCUGUUUAAUAUAUUAAUUUAUCAAACAGAAAGUUAAUUGGAAUCCGGUUAAGAUGAGUUAUAAUUCCCAUAAUUCAGUUAAAACGGUCAUGAAAACACAUAUUCUAUUUUAUUAAAAGUAAAUUUAGAUUAAGGGGUUUGUUGACGUUUAUAAUCAGGCACGUAUACAGUCUGCUGGGUAAUUCAAUCUCAAUAUGUCACAAUAAGGGCAAAUCUCUUCCUGGUGCCAUUACGCGCAUUACGCACAGUUUUUACAAGGAAAUCUGAUGUCAGUUACGGACCCCCCUGAAAAUUAACAUCCUGUAAAAAGGCAUGCGUAAAUGGCAGUUAAAUGGAGAUCAUAAUGGCAGCCGUAUUUUUGUUAGGAAACAGGGUGUGAAUGGCUGAGCUGUAAUUGAAUUAGUGGAGUGUGCUUUGGUAUAGACUCAGUUAAAGACUUAAGGUCCUUUAAAUUCUGUCGAUUUUUGCUUUAAAUGGAUGUCCUUCUUAUUUGCUCAUUCUUAUUAUGAAUUAAUUUUUAUGUUUAUCUUCUCAGUCGACGUCCAGGAGGAUCGGUCUGUCCUGCGCCAACUGUCAAACCAGCACGACCACUUUGUGGCGCAGAAACGCAGAGGGUGAACCGGUGUGUAACGCGUGUGGGCUCUACACAAAAUUACACGGGGUGAGUUCAGAUUUAAUAUUAUUUCUACACAUCUGGAUUUAAAAUUAUGAAGAUUUAAAAGAAAAUUAAAAUAUCCUAAAUGUGCAGGUACCUCGGCCGCUCGCCAUGAAGAAAGAAGGAAUCCAGACAAGAAAAAGAAAACCUAAAACGUUGAAUAAAACAAAGGGAUCAUCUGGUGAGUUACUGAUCAUUUAUGCGCAUGUGCAAGACUACAAUUUUCUUCCAAAUGUAUCUUUGAAUGAUAUUAACAGUUUUUUUUGUGUGUUUUUUUUUUAAGGAAAUAACAACUCAGUGUCUAUGACUCCCACAUCCACAUCUUCAUCUAACUCUGAAGACUGCUCAAAAACCAGCUCUCCAUCCGGACAGGUGUCAGGGGUAAGACCUUGUUAUUAAAUUUAAUAAGGACAUGGAGGAAGGGUUAUUUAGUAAACAUGUAAAAAAAUGUGUGGUUAUGAAUCACUAGGAAAUGCUGAUGAUUUCAAAGUGGACUUUUUUUUUCUUUCUGGAAAGUGAAAGCACAUUUGUCACAGCAGGUGUUGGUUAAACAAAAUCACAUGUAUGCUGGUGUCAGAUGCUCUGUGGUGAUGACUGCACCUUACUAAUGUGUCACAUUGAGAUUACAAUAAGAUGACCACUAAAUUCACAGAAUGAGGCAAUCUUAAUAGCAAAAAAGUAAAUAAACAUCACCUGUAUCUAGCAUUUUCAACAUAGAAUGGUUAUUUUUGGAUCCUUACUUGCCUGAUUAAGUGUUGUUUCUCUCUCUGAUGUUUUAGGUCAGUUCGUCCGUGUUGUCCAGCUCAGCAGAGGGAGCAGGCUCGGGCUCGGCGGUGAAGUACGCAGGACAGGACGGCCUGUACACCAGCGUGGCUCUGUCCCAGCCUUCAGACGUAGCUUCAGUGAGGGGAGAACCCUGGUGCCCCAUGGCCUUAGCCUGAACACAUGAAUCUUUGGGAGGACAGAAAUCCCUGACCCCCUCUGUCUGGAUGCUCUGUAGUGUGGAAGUAUUUGGGGGAGAUGUUUAUGUCCUUCCUUGCAGCUGAUUCAAAAAGAAAUGGACCUGGUGGGGAAAAAAAAAGAAGAACGAGAAGAAGAAAGAGUGGAAUAGCUGGAAAUGGUUUCCAGACUGGAGUGAGGGGGGAAAGAAAAGGGAAUUGCGAGACCAUGCGAUCAAUCAGAUGUCCUGCUUUGGAUGGUUUCUGGACCCAGCCAUGCACUCGAUAUCUCUCCAACCCAUGGCACAGAACCACAUCUUCCUUCUUCAAAAUAAAGCCAUCGUUGUACAUAAUGGAUUUUUACUCUGAAGCUGCUGAUUGAUUGGAUACCACAGCUUCCCAAAGCGCUGUAUUCUUCUUUAAGGACAUGUAGACUUGUCUUUGUUUUCUUUUCCACAACUGGAAUCAUGCCACAAGUGCCGAGACAACUUUUAUGAAUCAAAAGUUUAAAAAAAAUAUUUAUAAAUCUUCCAUUGUUGAAAACAUGGCUAUGAUUGUUAAUAAAGAUAUCAAUAUAGAGUAGAAGUUUAACCAUUCUGAUGUCUUUUUUCUAAUUUUUUUUCUUUAUUAGUGUCUGUUUUACAUACAGGAGUGUCAAAUGUGCACAUGUUUCUCACUAAAAGCUCUUACUGUAUUUGACUGAAACUAGCUUGGUUUAAACAGGGUAUAGAAGACUAUGACAUCUAGUGGUUUUGUUUAGUUAUUAACUGAAAAUGCAAAUUAUCACCUCCUUUGAACUCAUUUCCGACUGACUGAUGUUUUUCAGCUGCGUUGUGGUACUAUUCUCGAAGCAAAGCUACAAAUUCUCUCUUUCAUGUAAAGCAGCUGGACAGCUUGUUUGAACAAAGCACACCCAGAAUAGCAAUGGCUCUAACGACCUUUACACUACAAGACACAAACUGCAGAAGAAGAAGAAGAGUGUGCUGCUCUACCUGACUCACUGUAAACUGUACAUGUCACCAUGUAAGUUCAUACUGUUGCGUCAUUUUCAUGUCAUAAUUCGACCGAGUAGAGAGUGAGGUCACCUCUGAACAAACGCACGAUGACUUUGACUCAACCCAGAGAGGAUAAGAGGACUCAUUACGGCUCCAUAGUUUUAUAUGAGGAGGUGUCAAGGUGGACGACUGAGAGGGAUAAUAAAAUAAGCAAGCAGCUGAUAUGUUGAUGCAACUUUUUUUGUGAAAAUUCAUUUUGGUUCAAUUCUGAAAGCAAAAUCAAAAUUCGAGGGCGUUGUAAACUGUCUCCUUGAGUAGGGGGACAGAAUGAAAAAGCUACACAUAAACAAAAAAAACAAAAGAAGUGUUUUACAGCUAAGAAAAAAAAAUCUGAUGUGAAAUUCUUUUUCUUUCAAAUUAAAAAAAUUUCCCCACAUUUGCUGCAUCAAAAAAAGGCAUGACGUUCAUUUUACUGGACUUAUUUAUUUCAAAAUAGCAUGUUCAUUUUUUUUUUUUUUUGCUUAUUUUGUGUUUUUCUUUUUCUUUUCCUGAGAAAUGAUUUUAUUUAAAUUUCGUCUAAUAAAUUGUUUCAGUGUUGCAAAUCAAUUCAAAGUUUGUAUUUAAAAGAAAAAAAUGCUGUUAUUAUGAGAAAUCUUUUUUUCUUGCAUUAGGCAUUCACUGCCGUACUUUUAUUCCCUGUUUUUACAAAAGCCGUUUUUCAUGAUUCGGAGGAAACACGUGAAGAAAACUAAAGCAUUAACCAGAGGGACUGAAGGAAUUUAGAAAUCUGACCUACAUGAAUUAAAAACGGCAUCUCAGAUCGAACAUCGUGCUCCCAUGUCUCCAGAUUCUGGGGGUGGCUUUCUUCCACGCUCUGCUUAUGUUUCAUUAAAGCGAGCCUUUAUUCA